GUCAACUCCUUUCAUCAUCUUCCACCGUAUUCUGUUUUUGCUAUGUGCAAAAAAUUUGGAAGAAAAAGGAAACAAAAGAAAGAAAUGACGACACUGAAAUUGGACGCUCCCUCAUCAUCAUCAUCAUCAUCAUCACCACCGGAUUCAGUAUCUGCAAGCGUAAAUACAGUGGAAGCUUCCAAGUUUGAUCACACCCCUAAUUAUUGUGAGGAGAAUGUAUACUUUCUAUGCAAGAAGUUAUGCUCAGAAGGGCUUGCUGAUUCUGACGGUUCAGAUUUGUUCGCUGUUUUUAUUUCCAAUGAGAAAAAGCAGGGUCCCCUCUCUGCUCUGUCGAUGCCCUGGGGACGUCUUUGGUGUGCCGCUAUUUUUCUACAGUGAUCCGACCAUAGACAAUUCUGUUCGUCUUUUGAGUUGGGCCAACUAUUCAGUACAUAGGUUUUAGGAGUUUUUUGGCUCAUAUUUGGUCUCCCAAUAUAUUUUAGCUUGCUUGAUUCUGGGGUCCUCACUUCCAGAUUCUGCUUCAUCUUUCUGCAUUGCGUUACAUUAGCUUCCUCUUGUUAUACUCAGCACGCGUUUUCCUUGCAGAAGGUCAUUGCCAGCCGAUUGGGAUUCUGCCUUAGAAGUUAAAAUUCAUCCAGGUUGCCAUAUAGGCCUGUAGGAAUUCAAAGCUUUGUUUCUUCAGCUUUUUCCUGAUAAUCUGACAUCUUGUUUGCCCCAGUAGCCAUAGUUGUGUCUUGAUGUCAAACACCUUGGGACAAAGUUUUUCUUUAUCCAAUUAAACAUAUCAGACAGCCUCCCAGAGUUCUUUGGGUGGGAUGAACAUAAAGUUUCUCCACUGCUUGCUCUCAUGGAAUUGAUCGACCAUGAUGUACCCAUUUUGCCUUUCCAGUCCAUUCACAAAUUUGCCUAGAGCCCACUCUGUAAUUCUGCUGUCUUAGUUACUCUGCAAUAAGUUUGAUGUGAGUGAGAGGAUCGAACCUUGCUGAAGAGAUAGCAGGAAUAAAUUCAUAGGGACAUUGAUGAGUCUGCAAAAUCAUUAUUGUCUUUCCCGCUUGACAUAGAGAUAUGAUUAUUCCCAUUUUAAGUUGGGCUAGAAUAUGCCAUUUUUACCAAAAACUGUACAGUACAACCUCCUAUUAAAAUGCACCGGGUAUCAAAUGAUGAAAGGAACUUAACACUGUCUGAAUUAGCCUUCUACAAUCGCCUGAUUCUCUUCUUGUCUCUAAUUUAAUAGUUUUCCCUUAAUAAUCCCAUUACAAAAGGGGUUCCUGCAUGAUCACUAUGGAAGAAUGUUCGCAAAUGAUGUGAUUCAUGCACUUCCCUUGAAUCAUUUCUUUUAUGAGCUUAUGCUAAAGAAUUUUAGUUGCGAAGGGAUCUAAUCAUAUAGCUUGGAGAUAACUUAUUCAAGUCUGAGCAAGCCUAUUUUUAAAACAGAUACCUGUGGAUUGCAGAAUUUCUGGCGUUGUCAUUGCUAUUCCAUGUGAUGGAUUAAUCUCUGAAUUGUGCUAACGUAGAAAUGAUACCUCUAUGGAAUCAAAAGGCAAGCAAAAGAGCAGAUGGAAUUGUACUUUGGGAUUAUCAUGUUAUCUGCAUUCAGAAACAAAAAGAUGCAAACUCGUCUCCUAAAGUGUGGGAUCUAGAUUCAACUCUUCCAUUUCCUUCUCCUUUGGCCUCCUAUUUGAGGGAAACUAUCCGUCCAUCUUUCAAAUUGUUCUCAGAGUUUGACAGGUUUUUCCGCAUUGUACAUGUACCAAUAUUCCUGCGGUGUUUUGCUUCUGAUCGAAGGCACAUGAAAGAUUCUGCUGGAAACUGGACAUCUCAGCCACCUUCUUGUCAACCCAUUGUAGCGGAAGAUGGAACUGUUCAUAACCUAAACGAGUACAUGGAGAUUUCUGCGGCUGAAGCUUUGCGAAAUGUUGAAGCUGGAACAGUCGAUGCUGUUUUUUCAGAGAAGUUUGGUGUAGUAGUAAGUGAAAGUCAACUCGAAGAGUUCUUUUCACUGAUACCUUAGCUGUCUAUGCUGAAGUUAGGGGUAUGUUCAAUGUGUAACGUGUUUUUUUGUUGUAUUCAACUCGAGUGAGGUAAGUACAUAUGAAAAUAUACACUAACAAAACUUGAGAUGGAUAUAACUGAAGAGUUUUGGUCAUGGAGUAAGUAUUUUGGCUGCCAGAGUUGGUAGGCGAGUAAUGAUUUUUAUAUACAUGCGAGGCAGGUUGGGAUUUGAUUUGGCCUGUAACGUUUGUAAAGCUAUGAGUUUGUAUGAACUUGCCGAUUCACUGCACGUAUGAACAUGUUUGUUCUGGAAAUUUGAAAAAAAAAAAGCACUAUUGUUUUAGUUUCA